AUGGCGCCUUCCCUUCUCCAGCCGCAGGGGCGACUGUCCCCUGCGGAGACGCUGGAGUUGGCGCAGCAAGCUCCCGAGAUCCUGCGAAGGAAUCCGAAGGCCUUCUCGACUUCUCCCCUGCAACUGCUCUUCUCCGCGCCCGAGACGGCCGACCUAUGGACUAUCUACGAGAAUCUGCUGCUGUCAUGUCUCCGCGCCGGCGACGACGACGCUGCGCAUCAAGUCUUGGAGAGAUUGUUGCUUCGAUUCGGCGACAAGGACGAACGCAUCAUGGCUUUGAAGGGUUUGAUGAAAGAGGCCGAGGCUACGAACGACGAAGAGCUGCAAAAAAUACUCGACGAGUACGAUUUGUUGUUGGAGGAUAACGACACCAACAUGCCCAUUUACAAGCGGAAAAUCGCGCUGUUGCGCUCCAUGGGAAAGACGCCUCAAGCUAUCACGGCGCUGAACGCCUUCCUCGACUUCAGCCCAACGGACUCGGAGGCGUGGGCGGAGCUGGCAGACCUGUACCUGUCACAGGGGCUCUACCCCCAAGCCAUACACGCCCUGGAGGAGGUCGUUGUGCUCGUUCCGAAUGCCUGGAAUAUUCAUGCCCGACUGGGCGAGGUGUCCCUGAUGGCUGCAAACACAACCACCGAGGGCUCUCCUCAGAAGUACCUCGCAGAGGCCCUGAAACGUUUCUGCCGAAGUGUCGAGCUGUGUGACGACUACCUGCGUGGUUACUAUGGGUUGAAGCUGACUACCGACAAGUUGUUGAGCAGUGCCGCAAAGGAGAAGCGGCGGGAGACGGAGGGCUUCUCUCUGCCGGAACAGGCAACGAUCGAGAAGCUGAACCAGGCAGCAACGGAGAAGCUUGGGAAGAUUGUCCGCCAAUACGGAGCCCAGGAGAAGCUCUGGCAAGGGUACGACGCCGGCGAGGUUGCUGCCGCCCGCGAGCUCCUGGCCAAGUCAGCGCCCGAGCUGAUUCGGUGA